AUUUAAUGAUUUUUUUUCUCAGCAUGUUUACAUGCAAAAUAAUUUGAUUUACAUAAUAGAUGAAUGGUACAAAUGAUAUGUUGUAUAUAAUGAGACCAUUUUCAGAUGCAGGAUUACAAACACCAUUUUCAGAUUUCAGUACCAAACACAUUAAAUCUCAAGCCAUGCCAAACAUGAGCAACAAUAGGAUCCUAUAAUAUACAUUUUUGUAAAGUACUAUUCUUGUUUAGGACUCAAGUAGAUAUACCCAUUAUCAAAAUGAGAAAGUGAUGUCAAAGGUCAAAGAGAAUCUGAUGUGUUACCAAAUAUUUCAGACUAUCUCAUGGUACAGGACAAGCCAAUCUCCAUGACAAAAUUUUGAUCAUUAAAAAAAUUUUCAGAGUUAAUAAAAUGAGAGCUGCUGGUGUUGGAAUCAUUCAAAUUGUUCAACAAUUAAAACUUGCACCUACAAGAGUUAAAAGAGCACUUCUGACAUCUCAAGUCUAUCAGACGAAGAGUUUUAGUGCCACACCGCAAUGUUAUAUAUCUAAAAUACAGAAUGAAGAAAAAGUAUUCUCUGAAAAUGAAAUGAUACAUGUAAUAAAUGAAAAUGGCAAUUAUAUGAAAUAUCCAUGGUUGUGGCUACGUGAUAAUUGCCAAUGCAAAACAUGUUUCAACCCACAAAUGCAAUCUCGUACUAUUGAUUGGAAAUAUUUUGAUACUUCUGUCCAUCCAAAAUCAUACUCUAGAAGCAAAGAUUUGGUGAAUAUAACAUGGUCUGAUGAGCAUGAAAGUCAAUAUUCACUGAAAUGGUUACAAGAGAGAGAGUUUGUACCUGCUACUCAAAAGAAAUGGUUGACACAAGUUUAUCGAUUAACCCAAGUUCCUUGGAAUGCUGCAAAUUUUUCACAAGUUCUUAAAAGAUUUCAGUACAGCAACCUCAUAGAAAGCGAAGAAUUUGUGGUACGAAAUAAGCCUGAUACAACUAAUUUGGCAUAUCUUGCUGUACCCCUGCAAAUGCAUACAGAUAUGCCAUAUUAUGAUUACAAACCAGGGGUAAAUAUGCUUCACUGCAUGGAGCAAACAACAGAAGGUGGAGAGAACCAAUUUGUAGACUGCUUGUAUCUCAGUCAGUUGUUGAAAGAAACUCAACCAGAUAUCUACAAAACAUUAUCAACAGUGCCUGUGGACUGGUCAGAUAUUGGAGAAGAGAAAAAGGAUGCAUUUCACACUCUCUAUCGAGCACCUGUUAUUUGUGAAGAUAAAUUGGGUCAAUUUGCUCGAGUCAAUUACAAUCAAUGGCAAAGGGAUUCACAUUUUAAUGUUCCAUUGGAAGACGUCAUCUCUUGGUAUAAGGCUAAUGCAAUUUUUACAAAAGCCCUUUAUGACCAAAAGAAUAUGGUACAACUGAAAACCAGACCCGGAGAAAUUGUUACCUUUGAUAAUAUACGACUUGUUCAUGGACGAAGUGGAUACUCUGAUUCAGCAAAUAAUGAGCGAUACAUUAUUGGUUCAUAUUUGGAUUGGGAUAUUGUUUCAGAUUAUAAUGUUAAUGAGAUGAUGAAUGCUAUAUUCAUUCAGAUUGUUUCAUUAGCUUCUAAAAAUACUACAAUAAGAAAAUUACCUCAAAUUUACAGGAAAAACCAUGUUUCAAAUUUACCUAAAAUGUUAGUAAAAUGUUUACACAAUGGUAACAUCCCACAACCUCACUCACAUGAGAAUAACAAUGGUAUAAAAGCAAAAGUAAGUUCUAUUGAUGAAGUAAUUCAAGUUCAAAGUGCAGAUGGAAAUGUACUAAAAUAUCCUUGGAUAUGGCUAAGAGAUAACUGCCAAUGUUCUUCAUGCUUUAAUCCCAAAUUACAGUCACGGACUAUUGAUUGGCGCACUUUUGAUAUUACUGUUAAUCCUAAAUCACUUCAUAUCAAUAACAAUAUUUUGAGCAUCCAAUGGUCUGAUGGCCACUGCAGUGAGUUUACCCUAAAAUGGCUACAUGAAAGAAGUUUUACCAAAGAUAAACAAGAAAAAUGGUUAAAUGAUGUCUACAGACUUCCCAAAAUUCCUUGGUCUGCAGCUGACUUUCCGAGUGUUUUGAAGAAAUUUGAUUAUUCUGAUGUAAUACAGAGUGAUUCAUAUUUGUAUGAAUGGCUGAAAGCAUUGGCAGAAUAUGGAGUGGCGAUAGUGGAGAAUACACCCAUUCAAGAAGAUCAGCUGCGUAAAUUAGCUAAUCGUGUUUCCUUCAUUAAACGAACACAUUAUGGAGAGGAAUUUGAGGUUCGCAAUAAACCAGAUACAACAAAUGUAGCAUAUCUCUCUACACCUCUUCAAAUGCAUGCAGAUCUUCCUUACUAUGAAUACAAACCUGGAGUAAAUCUGUUACAUUGCCUUGUACAAACUACAGGAGAGGGAGGAGAUAAUUUACUGACUGACUGUCUACAUGUGAGCAAGAUAUUGAAGGAAUUUCAUCCAGAAGUCUAUAAAAUUUUGUCUACUACAUUGGUUGAGUGGUCAGAUAUUGGUGAAGAGAGAGGGAUGAAAUUUUUUAGUCUUUACCGAUCUCCAGCAAUAUGAAAGGAAAAUAUUUCUUACAGUGAAGACAGAUGGGGACAAUUUGCUCGAGUGAAUUACAGCCAACAACAGAGAUAUUCACAUUUUUCAAUUCCAUUGGAGGAUGUGAUACCUUGGUAUAAAGCUCAUGCAACUUUCACUCAAGCCCUGUAUGAUCCUAAAAAUAUGGUUCAAUUCAAAACAAAACCUGGAGAUAUUUUGUCAUUUGACAACAUUCGUUUAGCACAUGGACGAACUGGCUACACAGAUACAAAAAGUAAUGAACGCCAUCUAAUUGGAGCUUAUUUGGACUGGGAUAUUGUUUAUUCCAGAAUCCGAACUCUUAAAAGACAACUUAAUUUAAUUUAGGGCUCUUUUCAAUAGGGCUGCCUUUUAAUUCUGUUGGUGAUGUAAUUGGUAAUUAGCUACCAGAAAAUCACAGCUGAAACAAAAUCAUCUCUUAGUGCCAAACAUCAUGGCAUGCCUACUCCCUUACUCAGGAGCAUCCAGAAAAAACAAAGAAGCCUGGUAGAUCUGCGAAGACCCCUUAUUUAAAACAGAAGUUCCACCCCCUCCCCCAUACAUAAACAAAAUGUUUGGAGCUCCAAUUAAGUUGGAGCCUGGGGCAAGUAGCCAGCAGCCUGCUCUUCCCCUUGUGGGCCCUGCACUUACUAUAUGAGGGCACUGAUGCCCUCUUUAGUUCAAGAAAGUUAAAUUAUGAUGUUGCCCUCAUCACUUGGCUACUACUGCAGAACCCUGGAAGUUUUACCUCCAAGAAACUUGUUAACAGGCUUUGUGACCUCAUGGAGCUAAUAGUACAUUAUUCCAUUACUUCCUUCUAGAUCAGUAACGGGUAGACUGAAGCGAACAUUUGUGUUUUUUCUGUGUACAGAAGAAAUGUCUAAAUAUGAAUCCAGACAUUGUAAAUAAUUUCUACUGAAUUUGGUGAAAGUGAUAAUAGUGAAGCUAAGUAAAUUCCUUUAUCUCGUUAUAUCGUACCUAAGUUAGUCAAAGUGAAUAGUAAAUAACUUUGUCUUUUGCAAAUCCUAAAGACAAUUCUUUUUUUUAUUUUACUCAAUUCAUUCAAAAUAAUUACCAAAUGUACUGAUCCAAAGAUAGAUUCAGAUGCUCAUUUGAUUUUUGUUCAAUAAAUAACAUAUUUUUUGUAUUUUCUAUAUUAUAUAAACAAAUGUCUAUCAGAUAUUAUUAAUUUUUAAAUAAUAAUAUAAUUCUAAUAAUUAUUUAAACAUAAAGAUUUCAAUCAAUUAUUUGCCAAAUAAACCAAGGAAGGGUAACAAAUAAAAAUAAAACUAAUUUAAAAAUAGAACUACUAAGCGUAAACCACAAAGUGUCAAAGAUAAAGACUUUGACAGAUUUCAUGAUGUAAAUUCAUGGCAUACAUAUAUGCCAUUUUAUUAUACAUUAAAUUGGGCAUUUAUUUCCAAAAUUUUCAGUUCUUUCCAUUUCCAGGGAAUUUUUGUUUAUUCUCUUAAAAUUAAUUCCCACAUGAAAUACCUGUAUACUUUUCUCAAACAAAUAGAAUGAGUUAUAUACUCAAAUUCACAAGUAAUAGGUAAACAAACAUGAAAUUUAUUGCAUUAAAAUGAUGGAAAGAACUGAAAAUUUUGGAAAUAAAUGUAUAAUAAAAUGCCCAAUAGUAACAAUGCAAAUGUCAAUUUAAAAACAAACAAACAAACAAGUACAAUUCCAUUUAUUCAACCUCCAGCCUAGGGCAUCAAAGAGGUGAAGUCCAUCCCUGACCAUACUACCAUUCUCUUUUAGACUACUGAAUAAAACAAUACUUCAAAAGUAAAAUGUUUAUAAUAAUAAACUAUAGUUUAAUAGUGUGCAUGUUCUGUUAACGCAACACACAGUGUUAAUGUGUUUUUAACAAGUGUUUCAACAGCACAUACUCUCUUGCAUUAUUUGUAAUGGUUUCACAAUGUAUACUACAUGAACCUGUACAUUUGGAAAGAGUUUCCAACCAGCAAAACACACUGGAAUUGAAACUCAGAUUCUUAGAGUUAGCACACCAUUCACAUUACCCCCUACCCACUAGCUUCACAGGGAAACUCACCUUUUCUGACACUUUAAAAGAAGUUGCACAUAUCAUUUUCAAAUAUUUAGAAACUUCAAUUAUAAUAUUUCAAAAUUUAGUUUUAAAGAUUAGAUUUUAAGUUAAAAAA